CAGAAAUCUGUAAUUAAAAAUGAAGUUGAGAUCUCCUUUUAUGCUGACUUGCAUUUUUGCAUUCGGGUUGAUCAAUCCAGUAGUUGCAGUUCCAGUAGAUCCUACAGAAACCAGUCUAGACAUACUUGGUUCAACAAUAUCGGAGGAAUCGUUGGUGCCUAAGAGUCGAAAGAAGAGAUCAUUUGCUGGUAUAUUUGGAGGACCAUUUACAUCUCUUUUAGCUGUUCAAUUGUUCCCAAUUCCUAUUCUUCCAACAAACUUUAUCGGAGUACAGCUGACUGUUAGUCCUCCUGAGCCUGCUGCCAGCCGAUCCAGCAGUUUUCAGCAGAAAUCCGGGAAACCAAUUUUGGUGCCAUAUCUGAGAAAAUCUAGAAAUGGCGGGAAAACUGUACACAAUAUAAAUCGCUUCCAGAUUACUCAACAGCAACCGUUGAGAAGAUCAUUUCCCCCUUACCCUCUCAGAUAUUAUCAAACUAACUUUUUAUAAUUUUUUUGGCUCUGAUUGUUUUUGGUCUAUUUUUAAGGAGCCAUAUUUUACAUAAGUUUAUUUUUUAAUUUUUGAUGUUUUAGCAGUUAUUCAGAAUAAAAACCACAUACCAAGGACUUCGAAAUUCUGAUGCUAAAAAAAUCACUUAAUUAUGUUACUCAAUUAUUUUUUUGGAUAAAUGUUAUACGUUCUAGUCAUAGUAAAAAUUUGCUGAAAAAAUAUGUUAAACUU